GGAUCAUUCUGGUGGAAUAUUUUAAUAUUCAGAUGUUGACCUUUGGCAAACAAGAUCUCUGUGUUAGUGUAGCAAACAACCUUCUUUUGACAGCAGUCUUUAUGAACACACUGAGGAGAGACAUCAAGGAGAGAACCAACCAGAUAUCAAAGAUGCAGUGGAGUCUGUAUCUGCUUAUUCUGAUGGGUCAGUGUUGCUUCUUUACAUGCCGCCUGUAUGAGUACCACUUUAUUGCAGAAAACAAGAGCUGGUAUGAAGCACAGAGAUACUGCAGAGAGAAAUAUACAGACCUGGCCAAAGUGUUUGACAUGACAGACAUGAGCAGACUCCGUAACUCCACACAGAAUCAAGGAGAAGCCUGGAUUGGACUGAACAACAACACAGGUGGAAACAGGAUGUGGCAUUGGUCUCUGCCAGGAGUGGAAUACAUUCAAAAUGACAGCAGCUGGAAUCUGAGUGGAAGAGCAUACUGGGAAUAUCCUGGGAACUGUGUGAGGAAAAGAGACAAGCUGGCAGAUGUUUCAUGUAACACUAUGACGUGGUUCAUCUGUUAUGAUGUUGGUUUCACAGAAAUGAAGAAAGACAAUAAAACAUUGUAUUUGAUAACAACACCUAUGAACUGGACACAGGCUCAGACCUACUGCAGAUAUAAUCACACUGACUUGGCCAGUGGACUCGAUCAGGUAGAUGGAGAAGAAAUGAAGGCUCUGUUUGCUGGCCGUGUCAUGAGUGUGUGGAUCGGUCUGUUCAGAGACAGCUGGAGGUGGUCAGAUGGGAGUGAUUUCUCUUUCAGAUACUGGGAUAUGCAGUUAUUCAAUGAUGAACAAAGCAACAAGACAUGUGCUAUGACUCUGUUAAACAGAUCAGGAAAAUGGAGCUCUGAUGAAUGUGACAAAGAAAAACCCUUCUUCUGUUAUGAUGUUAUAACAGAUAAAAUGAUCCUGAUCAAAGAAAACAAGACCUGGGAAGAAGCCUUGAAUUACUGUGAAAACAACUACAAGGGGCUGGUUUCUAUCACCAACCCUGAGGUGCAGGGACGGGUCCAGGAAACAGCCAAGAAUGCUGACAGUCCCUAUGUUUGGAUCGGACUGAGCUACAAAUGCACUCUGGGAUUAUGGUUAUGGGUCAAUGACUACGUAGCCUGCUAUGAGAAGUGGGCCACAGAGGGGAAGACUGAAGGGUGUGACAUGUCUGUAGGCGUGGACAGAGGAGGACAGCAUGAGUGGUUCAGUCGCAGGAAUAAUGAGACGUAUAAUUUUAUUUGUUCUAAACAGUAAGUUUAAAACUUACUUACUGCUGGGUUAACCUGAAUCUUACUACUACUGGAUUGCCGCAGCAAUCCCUAAAUUUAAUCAUGAGAAA